CAGUUGGUAGUACUGCGCCGAAUACACACGCAAAUGACAUCUGCAGAACUUUUAUAGAGCGGAAGGGAUCAGCUCGUUGUUGGGGGGAAGAGUUAACUAGAAUAAAUACAAAUACCAGUGCACGCAGCAUAACGAGCGCGAGUUUGUAAAUAUAUGCGCAAAGUGUCAUGCGGGGAAGGGUGGUGGAGGCGAUGAAUAGCAAUUACCCAACGCGCAUUUUAGUUUCAAUUGAGGAUUGUUAAAUUGGACAGAAAGAAAAGUGGAAUAACUUCGCAGCUACUAAAAGAGGGCAUAAUGGCUGAGUUACCGGAAAAUUUACAAAUUGUAAAGACAGAAGGACCCCAAUUACCGGAAACGGAAGUACAACCGCAUCGGCUUAUUAAGGAGCGCCUGAAUUUACACGUGAAACGUCGACUCCAACAAGAACAGGAACCGCAGGCACAAACGCAGCAGCAAUUACAAAUAAUUACUCACCCUUCUGGGAAUAUAGCACGAGAAACUGUCGCUAUUACAGCGCCCCAACAAUCGCCGAAAUCAGCGAAUGUAAACGUGAAUUUGACCGAAAACGACGUCACUGCCUCGACAUCAACAUCGAAAAGGAAAGAGAAACAACAACAGAAAGAACCAGUCAAAACACGAAGACCCUAUCAAAAGCGUGUGGACAAAAACACCACCAAAAUACAAACACAAACGCAAAUAAUUGAAGAUGGCGGAAAAGGUCGCAAAAACAAACGUCAUAAGCAGCAGGGAACAUUUUUUUGUACUGGUACUGCUGCCGGGCCGAGUGGCAACGCCGGUGCGUUAUGUUUAUCGCCCGGCGUUGAAGAAGGCAGCGCUGGCGGCGGUGAUGAAGUGGAUGGUCGAGAUAUGUAUUCACGAGAUAAGGAGAAGUGUCCCGAUAUUUUAGGUAUGGUGUUGAGCGGCAAAAAGCGUUCCUUGAUGCAAAAUGCAGAGGUUCAAGAAUUUUUAGCCAAAAUAAUGACUGCAUUUAAAAAUUAGAACUUAAGAUUAGGAGCUUUCAAUUAAGGUAAUGAAGUCAUAUACUGUUACGUUUAUUCUUCACAUACACUAGAUUAUUAAAUAAAACGUUGAAAUUACAGUAGGGGUCUUCCCUUAAACUUAUAAAAAAGCU